AUGGGCCCCAUCACGUUGCAAGCGAUGAUGAGGUCAACAAUUCUAGAAUGUGAACAUCAGCAGCAAAUGGGUGACCUUUUCUCAUCAAUACUAAAGGAUCCCGAGGUUCAGAAAUUUUGCGAUGAUACCCGACGGGACAUGGACUCAAUGGAACAGGCGUUUCUCCCCCUGUUUUCAGACAUCAUGAUGUCUACGACAAUGGACUCGCCAAUAUAUCUAAGAGCUCUCUAUCUCCGCCUGCGCUUUCUUUCCGUCCAAGUCUUCAGCAACCCGCCACAAUAUGAUUGCAUUCAGUCAAUGGUCGCAUUAACACCCCGACUCCGUGAGUUCCUCUCUUUAGCUGAACUUGCAAUUCGGGUCACACGGAAGACUGGAGUGGUUCGGGUUUAUUCGCUCUGCAUAGGCGGUGGACUUGCGUGGUACCUGCUCCAGAUCGCGCUUCACUGCCGCGAUCCAUUGGUACGUGAUGAGGCUAUAUUGGCACUGGAUGGCUACGCUGGCCAGGACGGACUCUGGAUCUCGCGGUUGCUGCAUGCCCUAGCGCUCAGAAACCGUAUCGUCGAGCAGCAAAAUGCGAAUGGGGAUGCGGCACAAGUACAAUGGCAGAGGCUCUGGCGGCGCGAGUACUACCUAGAAGACGGAGGCGAACGUGUGGUUUUUCGCUUUCUGGAGAAGGAAUUGGAAUUGGACCAGUGGAUUCUCGUAGAAGAGGUGGGUGAGUUUCAGGACAAGGCAGUCUGUGCCAAGUGGACACGGCAGCUGAACCCCCGGUCGGGCAGGUUACUUGUUCAGGAAGGGUUUCCUCAUGGCUCACAAAAGGACCAACCGGACGGACUCCCCGGUCACAUGGAUUUAUGA